AUGAUCGACGAGACACCUGAUACGCGAAGGAUGUUCGUUGAAGACUUGGCUACCGAGUCUGGACUUCGUAAAGUACGACAAGUUGUUGAGACUGAAUUCGCAGCGUCUUACAGCGUUUUGAGACCCAUGUUCGAUACGCACUGUGUUCUGUUCCUUCGUCUAGUCUCCCAUGAUGAGAUACUGUCGUCACUUAUACUCGAGAAGGCUGUGGGAACGAUAUACAAUGUCAUCUACGGACCAGGUGGUAAAAGAGGACUCGUCUUCUUUUCACGACUUGCAGAGUUCCUGACCAAGAUGGAAGAUGAUGCUUCGCGGAGUGAAGUACUAGUUCUGGUUUCGAAAGUACUACUUAGCACUCUUACCCUCAACCAGGAGGCUGCUAUCCAAGCCGACCUCAAAGGAAUCGUUGACAAGCUCUACAGUUGUUACCACGCCCAAACCCCCGAGCCUGACCACAAUCUCCAAAUAGCACACCUGAACAUGCUUAAGAUCAGAGAUAUGCUUUCAAUGGCAGACGCAAUUUCUGCCACAAACGAUAUAAACAUAUCUAGGACUACACCAAAGCAGCAGAUAUCCCCUGAAUCUGCUGUUGAUCUUCCCGGCGAGUUGUCCGAGUUUGGCCCUCGCCACGAUAAUGACCAUUCUGCCAUCUCACAUAUUCAGAUCCUACCUACAAUCUCUGAGAUACUCAGUGAUGACGACCGACCGGAGUUCCUUCCCGUACGCUGCUCUGCCAAUACCUCCUUUCAACAUCAUGAGAGGGGCAUUCGUCGACUUCUCGAUACCCAGUUUCGUCUUCUAAGGGAGGAUACGUCCGGUAUGCUCCGUGAAAGCAUCCGAUUGAUAAUGCGUACGUGGGAGCUCAUUGCCCAUGGCUCGGACUGGAGGUUGAAGCGCAAAUUCCUCCGCAACAACAGUCCCACGCCAGUUCGAGUUUACUCAGGGAUCGAGGUACAAAGGCUGCGAUCUGAACAUAAGGGGGUAGAGGUAGAUGUAGAAUUUGACCAGCUUCAAAGACUCAGGAAUAUGAAUCCAGCCAAGCGAAAGCAAUGGUGGGUCGACUCCAAAGCUUUGAAGGGCGGAACGCUGUUGGCCCUGCUUGAUGCAGAGGACCGGGAAAACGCAGCUGCGGUAUUCCUCCUUCUAUCAAAAAGGGAGAUCGGUUAUGUGGACAAAGCCAUGCAGGGCCCUUCAAAGCCUGAGCACGUCAGCGACGUGGUUAGCGAUGCCAAGAGAGCAAUGGUUACACUGACUCUGGCGAAUCCAACAAAUGCACUGGACUUGGAAAAGCUUGUUUCGUUCUCCAUGAACAAGCCUUUGACAAAACCCCUCAUACUCGUCGAAUUUCCUGCUGUGCCAUAUAACUCUUUCGAGGGAGUUCUACGCUGCCUGCAAAUACUGCACGAAAAUCCAGCACGUAUGCCUUUUUCUGCAUGGCUAGCUCCCAGUAUCGAUAACAACGAGCUGAAUGAAGCCCUAGCGAGCGGCACUGAAACAAACGGUAUCAGUAUCCAACCCCCUGCAUAUCUUCAACCAGGAACAGCUCUUGAUCUUUCCUGCCUUCCUGGUCGCAAGGAAGGCAGUAUAGCGCAUGAAUCGUUGUUCAUGUCCCUCUCUCAGGACCCCCAGGCAUUAUCAGCAGAGCUUUCUGAUAGGACUGCCUUGGAUGAAGGCCAAGCGGAUGCACUAGUUUGGUCACUAAGGCGCAAGAUUGCGCUGAUACAAGGCCCUCCAGGGACUGGAAAGUCGUAUGUCGGUCUACAGCUUGCCCGAUGCCUGUUGAACAACAGACACCUGCUGAAUUUGGGACCAGUUUUAUGCAUCUGCUACACUGCCCACGCACUUGAUCAGUUUCUUGACGGGCUUCUAAAGUCAGGCAUCUCCAAUAUUAUCAGGAUUGGCCCGCGGAGUGCAUCUCCACAUAUCGAGGCCCUGUCAUUAGAUGUGAAGAAGCUGGAACCGGGACCCCGAAUUCGGGGCCUUCCGAGGUUGAAAGGCGAAUCACGAGGAAGACUGGUUGCAAUAAGUGGAAGAAUUGAGGAGCUGCUCCGGAUGGCAGAUAAUGGAAGCCUCAGUCUUGUUCUCAGACUGUUGAAAAGAAAAUUCCCCUUGCAUGCGAGCAGCAUACUUUCUGGAUCUGCCAGUGAAGAAGAAAGUGAUGCAGUGAAGGAAUGGGCUUCUGGAGAUGCGCCUGGCGAUGGUAAAGAUGGCAACAUUGAGCGUUCUAUUGACCGACUACUCCAGGUGGACGUAUGGGUGCUGAAGGCUUCGGAGCGGACUCGUCUGCUUAACUACUGGCGGGACACGGCUCUUGCGGAGCUUACGCAACAACUAUCGGCUCUUUUGAGAGCGCACUCUACGGAAAAGCAUCAACUGACAUCAUCUUACAGCCUGUCUGAUGUGCAUCGACUGAAUGAAUCUCAGGUAGUGGGUGUAACGACCACGCAACUAGCAAACAAUGCUGAUUUACUACGAAACGUCCAUGCCAAGGUACUUAUCUGCGAGGAGGCAGCAGAGGUUCUAGAGUCACAUGUUCUCACUGCGUUGUUACCUUCGAUCCAGCAUGCCAUAUUGAUCGGGGAUCACUUGCAACUACGACCCCGUAUCUCGAAUCUUAGGUUGUCAAUGGAAUCGGAUGGGCAAGGGCCGAAAUACAACCUUGAUGAAUCACUCUUCGAACGUCUCGCCAAUUAUCGGUUUGGGGAGGUGGUAUCUAGCCCAGAGGUGCCGACUAAGGUGGGGUACUGCUUCCCUGUCAUGCAGUUGAGCCAUCAGCGACGCAUGCAUCCGUCGAUCUCGAACCUUGUCCGGCAGACAUUAUAUCCCAGGCUUCAAGAUCAUGCUACGACGGCUUUAUACCCCGACGUAUCCGGUAUUGAACGCAGAUUAUUCUGGCUCGAUCAUCGCCAUAUGGAGGAUCCCACUGACCCCACAGAGGCAAUGCAAAGCAAGACAAAUACCUGGGAGGUGGGAAUGGUAACUGCGUUGGUCAGGUACCUCUGUCAGCAGGGCAAGUAUGGACCUGGUGAAAUCGCCGUUCUGACGCCAUACGCUGGGCAGCUGAGGAUGCUGAAAGAUGUCCUGGGAAAAGAAAUGGCACUGAUCAUCAGCGAGACGGACUUGGACGCCCUAGACGAGCCUGAGGAGUCAGAGAGGCAUGGAAGUCAUGCGAAUGGGAGGGGCAAAUGGUACAAUAGGCAAGAAAAUACUCGAAAAGGGUCGCUACUGGAUGUGCUACGAUUGGCCACGGUAGACAACUUCCAGGGUGAGGAAGCGACUGUCAUCAUCGUAUCUCUUGUCCGAAGCAACCGUUAUCAAAACUGUGGAUUCCUCAAGAUGCCAAACCGGAUCAAUGUUCUGCUGAGUCGCGCUAAGCAUGGUAUGUACAUCAUCGGCGAUGCAAGUACGGCGUCAACUGCACCGAUGUGGUCAUCAGUCAUCCAACUGCUCGAGAAGGGUAGGAAUAUCGGCCCAAAGCUUGAGCUACGUUGCGACCGUCACCCCGAUAACCGAUUUCAUGUCUCCUGUCCGAACGACUUUUCGAUACACGCGCCUGAAGGAGGGUGUGCGGAGAAAUGCAGUCUGAGGCUCAACUGUGGACAUAUUUGCACGGUAAAAUGCCAUUCAGAGAGACAGCACAAAGCAGUAAGGUGCAUGGAGCUAUGUACCCGGAUGAGAGAUUGUGGCCACGCAUGCGCCAAGAAAUGCCAUGAACCUUGUGGAGAAUGUGUGGAGAUGGUUUACGAUGUUCCUCUCCCAUGCGGACAUAAAGCCGAGCGUAUUGAGUGCAAGCACAUGGGCGAUCUUGGAAGGGUGCGAUGCACUGAACAGGUCGUCCGCACAAUGGACGGCUGCGGUCACAUCAUGAAGAUACGCUGCUUCGAGAACACGGACACCCUGAGAUGCUCGAAUCGAUGUGAUAGUCCGCUGGCUUGUGGACACUCUUGCCGGCACCUAUGUUGGCAAUGCCGAUACGUGGUUGGUGAUUCUUAUCAUGUUGAUCAUGGCUCCUGCCAAAGUCCAUGUGGAAGGGGAUUCGCAACCUGCUCACACGCCUGUCACCGACCAUGUCAUUCAGGCACUGCAUGUCCGCCUUGCGACCUGACCUGUGACGUACGCUGUAGACAUAGUCGCUGUGCGAAUAAAUGCAGUGAUCCGUGUCCUCCAUGUGCCGAGCCAUGUGGGUGGGGAUGUCAGCACCGAGAACGGUGUAAUCUGCCGUGUGCGGUGCCGUGUAGCAAUCUUCCUUGCAGUUUCAGAUGUGAGAAAAAGCUUCGCUGUGGGCACCGGUGCCCUGGAUUGUGCGGAGAAAGGUGUCCGGACCCUCGGUACUGCAGAGACUGCUGUGGACAGGAUAUCCGCACGCAGAACGUCGACAUGAUCGAGUUCAGGACAUACGAGGACAUCAAUGUAGAUGAGGAUCCACUGGUGUUCCUCUCUUGUGGCCACUUCUACACCGUAUCCUCCCUGGAUGGCAUCAUGGGGAUGUCCGACCACUACGAAUUAGACCCAUCGGCGGGUGAAAUCGUUGCUCCGAAGCUGCAUCGAAUCCUGGAUUCCGGACGUCCGAAAGGGUGUCCCGAAUGCCGUACACCCCUCCGUGAUAUUGACCGCUAUAAUCGGAUUAUCAAACAGGCAUUCCUCGACGAAGCAACGAAAAGGUUUGCCACUCAAGCGAGCACUAGGUUUGCGGACCUGGUGAAAGAGGUUGGGAAGUAUGAGAUGGAGAUUGAGAGCGAAAGAGCCAGGUUUGUCCGGGACUGGUCGCUGGAAGCAGUUGAAACAAAAGAUGUCGAUGAAGUCCAACGCUCAAUCGAUGCCUAUCGCAAAAGUGGAAACAGACUCAUCAAGCGGAUUAAAGAGUUCACCAAAUCAGUGGCGAAAUCCGAACAGCCAUUUGGCAGGGUGAGCAGCAUCUUCGCGUCUGCAGCGGCAAGACGUGACAUGCCUGCAGUCUGCUUUCAAUUUAACGAGUCGGAAAUCCAGACGGGCUUUCAAUCACGCGGACAUGUUCUGAACCUGCAACUCACAUGGAUCCUUCUUUGGGACCUGGAUAGAAUCUACAGCAACAAGACCAUUGACCCACGCAUCCGGGGGACUCUGGGACAGGUGGUCAAGAACCAGGUUGCCGGCCUCCUGAGCAAGUGUCUAGCGUUAGCAAACUACUGCCAUGGAGCCAAGUUUCUGCAACAGGAAGUUGAGUCCCGAAUCCACCAUGUUUUGUUUACGAUGCUAUCUCUUAGCAAUUCCCAAGCACUGGGUAAUCCUGUCGACGGGUCUACCGACGCCUCGAUCCGUGCAAAAGCGCUCGAGGAGUUGAAAGCCUGCGAACAGAUGUGUUUGCGUCACGAGCACAUUCUGGGGUCCUUGCGUGAAGACAUCGUCCAAGCAAGGAUUCUGGUCAACGGUGGGACAUUUUACAGCUCCGUGACCAGGGAAGAGAGACGCCAGGUCUACCAGGCCAUGGCACCGCAGUUCAGUGGAACGGGCCAUUGGUACUACUGUGAAAACAACCAUCCGUUCACGGUGGGAGAGUGCGGCAUGCCGAUGGAGGAAGCUCGUUGCCCGCAGUGUGACGCACCAGUGGGCGGUAUCGAUCAUCAGUUUGCUCCAGGGAUCCGCAGAGCAGAUGAUAUGGAUGCGGAGUUUGGUCAUGCAUCACUGGUGUGA